AUGGGGAUGUUUCUAAUGAUUCCAUAUAGGCAAGAAUUCUACGUUCGCUUCAAAGGCCCGGAAGAGACGCCCUUCGCCGGUGGCCACUGGAAGAUCCACGUUGAAUUGCCCGACCAGUACCCUUACAAGAGUCCUAGUAUUGGAUUUGUGAACCGGAUCUUCCACCCAAACAUUGACGAGCUCUCGGGAUCCGUCUGCCUCGACGUGAUCAAUCAAACGUGGUCGCCAAUGUAUGACAUGAUCAACAUUUUUGAGGUUUUCUUGCCUCAGCUACUCCGUUACCCAAACCCUUCGGACCCGCUCAAUGGCGAGGCCGCAGCACUGAUGAUGCGCGAGCCGAAGGGUUACGAGGCGAAGGUCAAAGAGUACGUAGCCAAGUAUGCCAGUAAAGAGGCCGUGGACGAGGCUGGCGAGGACACCGAAUCCGAAGACGAGCUCAGCUCCGCCGGUAGCUAUGAAUCUGGCGGCGAAGAGCCCGCGGGCGCAAUGGACGAUGUCUAA